UCUCUCGCUACAGACCUUCGCUUACUACAUAACAAGCUGCAGUCAUCCUUAUGAAACGCAAAUACUGGAUUGUGUCCACUGUUAGGGCGACUAAAGAGCCAAUUGUGUAGAGAAGCUGCGCGUAUUAAAAUGUCCUUUUACAGGAAUACUGUGUGGCUUGUCAAAGGACUCCAGGAGUAUACAAAGAGUGGCUAUGAAGCAGCAGCAAAGCAUUUUGUUCCAGCUGACCUGGAUGUAAACCUGAAUGGAAGGUCCUUCAUGGUGACAGGUGCCAACAGCGGGAUAGGGAAAGCUGCAGCGCAGGAAAUCGCUAAGAGAGGGGGAACGGUUCACAUGGUGUGUCGAAACAAGGGGCGAGCAGAAGCAGCCAAAGGUGAAAUUGUUGAAAGCAGUAAAAAUGAGAAUGUUCACGUCCACAUUGUUGACAUGUCGAGCGCCAGGCAAGUGUGGGAGUUUGCGCAGAGCUUCUCACAGAACAACACACUGCAUGUGUUGAUCAACAAUGCGGGCUGUAUGGUCAACCAGAGAGAACUAACUGAGGAGGGUUUGGAGAAGAACUUUGCCACAAAUACAUUGGGUACAUACAUCCUCACCACUGCACUGAUACCUGCACUGAAGAAGGUCGAAGACCCGAGAGUGAUUACUGUGUCUUCAGGUGGCAUGCUCACACAGAAAUUGGACGUGGACGACCUCCAAUUUGAGAAGGGGACAUUUGACGGGACCAUGGCCUACGCUCAGAAUAAAAGGCAGCAGGUGAUCCUGACAGAAAGAUGGGCUGCUCAGCACAAAGAGAUCCACUUCUCCAGCAUGCACCCCGGCUGGGCAGACACACCAGCGGUCCAGACCUCCAUGCCUUCAUUCCACGCUAGGAUGAAGUCCAAGCUGAGGACAGAGGCCAUGGGAGCUGACACCGUGGUGUGGCUCGCCAUAUCCGCAGCAGCCGCCAAGCAACCGAGCGGGCUCUUCUUUCAAGAUCGUAAAGGAGUGGCGACACACUUGCCCCUCGCCUCCUCCCGGUCAACACCGCAAGAGGAGGAGAAGCUUCUGGCAGCGCUGGACGAGUUCGCCCAAAAGUUCAAACCUUAAUACCUCAAAAAACAGUUUCUGUAAAAGGAAAAAGAACAAGCACUCGUCACAGAUUACUAAUGUUUACACAAUCUUUUUUAAUAUACAGAAAAGCUUCAACCUCCAAGAACAACCUUUACUUAAAAUAUACAGAAAAACAAAAUCUAGUGAAGUAAAUGUGGUUGUUUACGGAAAGAUGACUUGUACUUUAUUUUUGCUCCUUGGUUAAUCAAAAAUAAAUAAAUAUAUAUACUUCCUAUUUGUAAAGCUUAUGAACAUAUAUGUACACACUAACAAUUAUGCAUUUUAAUUUAUGUUGAAUUUCUUAUCUGAUUUCAUUAAAUAAGAAUUUUACCUG